UGCGCAUGCGCUAAAAAGUCGUCUGCUCCGGUGACAAACACAUUUUUGACAGUCGGUUAAAAACAUGUUUUUGGGGUUUUUUAUCGACUUUAAUCAAUAAAAGGCACUUUUUUUCUUGUUUUCCCCAAUAACAGAAUGUUAUAAACAAAUAAGUUUGAGGAAAUAUUUAAUCUAAAAAAUAAUUUGGUCUCAUUAUAUGCCGCGAUGAUACCACUCUCGUGGCGAAAACUAACGCAACAUUUUUGAAAAGAACAAAAAAGUGAAAUCGAGUGUUUUUGAAUAAUUCACCCCAUGAUCUUUGAAAUCUGGAACGUUCUUCAAUUAUUUCGAAUUCAAUUGUCUGGAUUUGCAUUGACAGGAAUUCCGAAUUUCUCGUGAUUUGCUCCGAAAAUUUUGAACAGAUCAGUGUAUUUUAUUCUGCGAAAAAAAUAUAGUUUGGAUUUGGAAAUCACUCAAAGGGAUUGCAAAAAUGAAGGCUGUCAAACUCCUAUCGACGACAAACUGCUUGAAAUCUUUUUACCGAUGCCGGGCUGCAGAACCAGCCAGAGCGAUCCAGGCAGUUGUGAAAGUAAAACCUCCAGCGGUCGACGUCCAAGAUGUCUCGAGACACUCGAAUCUUAGCGAAAAUUGGUGGGACACUAACGGAUCAUUGCGAGGACUUCAUGCCCUAAAUCGUCUGCGAGUACAAUUUAUUCGGGAUGGAUUAGCAAACGUAGGACACGAGGAAGCGAGUCCUAGUCUACCUCUCGAAGGAAUCUCGAUUGUAGAUGUAGGAUGCGGCGGAGGAAUUUUAACAGAACCUCUGGCUAGAAUCGGCGCCGAAGUGAUUGGCGUUGAUCCAUCAUCAGAGUUGAUAAAAACCGCAAAAAGGCAUGCAGCAUUAGAUUCUUCUUUGUCCAAGCGUUUACACUACAUUCAGACUACAGUCGAGGAUUUGACGCGUACAAGCCAGAAACAAUUUGAUGCUGUUGUUACUUCCGAGGUCCUGGAGCACGUACCGGAUAAGGAAACGUUUCUCAAGUAUUGUACGGAUCUAGUGAAACCUGGUGGCUCCAUAUUUAUAACAACAAUAAACAAGACAAUUCCAUCAUGGCUAGGAGGAAUAAUUACAGCGGAAUAUCUUCUCAAAAUCGUACCAGCAGGAACUCAUGACUGGAAUAAAUUUAUUGCACCAAAAGAGACGAGAAGAUUACUAGAAAGGUACAACUGCAGAACCAAGUUGAUUCAUGGAAUGAUGUACAACCCAAUAAAGAACGAAUGGCACUGGACUUCGUUCACUGGUAUCAACUAUGCGAUUCACGCUAUUAAGAGGGGGGAAUAAUUUCAGGUUACAAUUAUAUUGUAAAUAUAAUUACCCCGUACAAAAGUUCAUUUGAAAAACUCUUUAAAAUUUAAUUUAAGUUACAGA